AUGUCAGCAACAACAGCACCAAACUCGUUAGUCAUGAACCCAACUUCAAUGUUAGUAGAGAUGAAAAGCUUCAUUCCUUCUUCAUAUACUUUCGAAACAGAAAUCCAGAAGAUAAAGCAAGAACUUCUCCAAGGAGAUUUAGACUGUAGUGCAAAAGAUGAAACAAAUGAACAGUAUCUUUAUGAAAUGCAGGACCUGGUGGAACAUCUGCCUAAACUUCCUGAAAUACAACAACAAAAGCUUACAAUUCCAGAAUUCGAUGAAAUAGAAGUGAAACCAACUGACUCAGUAGAAACCAAGAAGUUCAUACGUAAGGUAAACUAUGAGUUUCUUGGAUUUCAUUGCAACCACAAAGUCAUGGACAUUGACAUAUAUAAAUCUGGGGAGUUUAAGACCUACGACAACUUUGUUUCGUUAGUUGCAAAAUGUGUAUGGCAGAUAAGAGAUAAAGAUAGAAGAGGUAAAGUAUGGAACCAACAGAUAAAACCAGCAACUUUUGAGUUAAAGAAAACCAUUUACGCCUUACUUGUUUUAGCAGGACAAAUUUCAGAAUAUAACGCAAAAAUGAACCCACAAUGUUCAAAAUGUAAAGCAGCAAUGAAGAAAUAUAACUACUCCGUCAAAGAGAUAGAAC